AUGACCUGGCCAAUCUAUGACUUUCGGUAUGAGUAUCGCGAGUACCUGGCCGAGUUCUGGGGCACAUUUAUUCUGGUUCUCUUUGGCGACGGCGUGGUUGCCACAGUAACCUUUAACACAGGAAAUUCUCAAUCAUCCUACCUGGCCAUCAGCUUUGGCUGGGCUAUGGGCCUGACAAUGGCGCUCUAUGUUAGCAUGGGUAUUUCCGGCGGUCAUCUCAAUCCUGCGGUAACUUUUUCUAAUGCCAUAUUUGGAAAAUUCAGGUGGCACAAGGUCCCCGGAUACAUGCUAGCCCAGCUCUUCGGUGCAUUCGUCGCCGCUGCCACACUUUAUGGAAUUUUCAAGGACCAGUUCGACGUGUUUGAUGGCGGCAACCGCCAGCUUUUGGGGGAAUUCGGUACCGGUGGAAUCUGGUGCACAUAUGCCAAGGCCGGUAACGGCAAGUUCUUCUCUGUGUUCUCCGAGAUUGUCAACACCGCUGUCCUGCUCUUUGUCAUUUACGCGAUUGGAGACGACAGAAUGACCCCAGCCAGGGAACAUCUCCCCAUUGCCAUUGGUCUGCUUGUGUUCGCUAUCGGUAACUGCACAGGCUGGGUUACUGGUUAUGCCAUUAACCCGGCGCGUGAUUUCGGGCCUCGUAUAUUCUCGACCAUCCUAUACGGCUCGGAGCCAUUCACUGCUGGCGGCCACUAUUUCUGGGUGCCCACUUUUAUGCCUUUUGUUGGCGCCACUAUCGGUAUCUUUAUAUACCAGUUCUUCAUUGUGCCUGAGGCCAGGAAGAAGAGAGAUUGA